AUGACAUCAUACUUAAGCUGCCUAGCUAGCUAUUAUGUCACAUCAACAGCCCAUUGGCAGGAGGAGGGAGUGGCCACCACCAGGUCCAACCCCAACCCUUAGGUGGUAAUGUUUUGGUUCAACCCCCGCUCCAAGCGGGGAAAGAGCCACGAAGUGGUCCCGAGCAGCAGUUUGCCCCACCGGCUCUUCAGCAUCACACUCCACCUGGCUGAAACUAGUGAGACUUUCCCGUUAGCCGGGUGCUACAGCGACUUGACUGUGUUGAAGCUGAAGCACCAUCUGGAGCUGCUGACUGGCAUCCCCCUGCAUUUCCAACGCCUCCAGUACCUGGAUGAAGUAGAUCUGCCAGAUGAGUCUACGUUUAAGUACAAUGAUAUUGUCCCUGGCGGAACAAUUACUAUACGCAUCUGGCGACAAGAUGGCUGGGGGCUUCUUGUGGCAGCUGCUGCUGAAGGAGAUAUUACCCAGCUAAUAAGUUUAGGAGUUACAAAGGGAUCCACAUGCAACACUCCAAAUUCACAGUUACUGAGACCAGAAGAGAAAAGGGAAUGGAUCGCGCACCGAGCAUUUGUGGCAUUGUACGUUGCCAGCCACAGAGGCCACAUUCCAGCUGUAGAAUUUCUCCUGGAAAAUGGUGCAGAUUUGCAUGCUAAAACACCACUGGGGAGGACUGCUCUUCAUGCUGCCACUGUCAUGGGCCGAUGUGACUGCAUUGAUCUGCUCCUUAGCUGGGGGGCACAAACUUCUGACCCAGACAACGAGGGACAAAGUGCAGUGAGCCUAGCCCGCCUCUGGGGCCAGAAGCAAAGCGAACGCAGACUGUUCCGUUUCCAGUGGCAGCAGAGAGCAACUGGCAGCACGUCACCCUCAGCAAGUCAGAGCUUACAUCAGAAGUUGGAUUCCAGGACACAGGGGUCUCAGUCACGUGCUAAAAUACACGUGGGCUAAUUUACUUAGUGCUGGCCAGUUUCAGGGGACAGUCAAUAAUUCUCCCAGAAAGCCACAUGUUAAAUAUUGGGGAGGGGGGGGAAUCCGUGUGGUUCAGAUACUAAAUGAGCUCUUGUGUUGGUGAUGCUGCAGCCUCGAUGACAGAAGGCUUGACAGCACAGCUCCCAGACACGCUCUUAAUUUGUAGGUUAUAGGGAUCUGGAAAAUUGUUACAUACCCGUUUAAUGAAUACACUUAGUAGUGAGACCUCAGACCUGCCUGUGAACUCACCUUGGAAUGCUCAGUGUUGGGGUAAUUUUUUGAUGGUUGGCACUAGGUUGUGACAGUAUUGUCUAGUGGGUGUAUCAGAGGGCUAGGAAUUAGGACCCUAGGUUAUUAACUCCGUUUUCCUGCUGACUUUCUAUGUAAUGUCUGGCCGGUCACUUAAGGCUUGCUUUAUUCAGACAUGGGGGGGUUCUGUUCCCAUGACUGUAUGUAAAUCAGGUAUGCAGGUGAGUGGCUAAUUAUGGUCACUGGCAGGUGCAAUCAGGAUAAUUGUGCAUGGAAAUUCGACAGGCCAUUGGGUCCCCAGCUUUUUAAACAAUUAGGUCUGGAGGAGGGUGGGUUUUCAAAAGCACCUAAGGGAAUGCCACACGCAACUCCCAUUGACUUUCAAGAGGUGCUGGGCACCCAACUUGGAUUCAUUAAGAAAAUCCCAUUUUAAUUUUUGGGGUCCCGUUUUUCAAGGGCCCACUGCCAGAUCUUUCAAGAGCUCUGCUCCCAUUUAGGCACCUAAAUGAGGGGCAGCUUUUCAGAAGUGCUCAUCCCCCAGCAGCUCCCAUUGAAAAUCUGCCCUUUAGGGUCACCAAAGAGAUUCAGACCUAGCAGCUUCUGAUUAGGCAACAGCCGUGGUUUUCAGUGAGUGCCGAGCACUUCUGAAAAUCUGGCUCUCUGCCUUGGUAGGCUCUAUGCAUACCCGGGGCGCUUUAUAAAUGGUCACAAAGCGAUUCAUUCUCCGUUCCUUGUGUCCAACCAAAGUUUUCUUAAUUUGCUAACGGGAAAGCACAAACAUUUCCAAUUUAAAUAGCAUGUGAGUGGAUUUCAGAGUCAACAUCUAGGUGUUUUUAUGCCGAGAUGAAAUGAGCAUAUCCAAAAUGUGAUGGACAAUGGUGGACUGUUAUGGAUCAUUGCUCUCAAAGCAACAUGUGAAUCAGGAGCACCUGUAAGACACUAAUGCUUGUGCAGGGCUAAGGUCCUCUGUGGGUGGGAUUGCAGCUGUAGUGUUGGACUUUGAGUUGACUCCAGAGUUUGUACCCAGCUCUGCCACGGAUUUUAUUGCAUGUCCUUGCCAAGUUAUUUGGGGUGGGAUCCGUGAAGGGACUGGGAUAUUGCAACUCUGAGCAUCAUCAUCACCCUAACUUUUAGGCACAUAGUAAAUCACAGAAACAACACGUGAGCCACAAAGCCAAGUUCGGUGCCUUGGCUCCCUGUACCAGGAUUAGGGAACCCUCUGCUGCAGGCGACAGAGGCAUUCUCUCUCUGGCCCAAUGACUGUUCACUAUGGAUAAAUACUGAACUACCCUGGGGUCAGUUCUCCUGCUCCAAUCACUGGUUCAUUAUUUAUCCACAGUGGAACAAUGGAGGGAGCCCCUGGCCUGCCCCACAACAGAACAUCACAUAGCUCAGUUGUUAGCGCACCCUCCUGGUAGGUGAGAGAGGGAGGAGUUGAACCUGAGUCUCCCACCUCCCAGGUGAGUGCUCUAACCACUGGUCUAGCAGUUUCAAGGUGGGUGGUGCUGGCCCCACCUCCUCCUCUGGAUUUUGAACGGGGCUUGAUCUGGUAGGUGUGUUCAGAAGGCAGCCUACUGGAUUGGUCCUGCGCGCAAGUUAGGUGACCAAAUGCCUGUCUUUCCCUGAUUCAUGGAUCGCUCUGGGGCUUAGUCAUCCAGAUGCAUGAAGUGAGGCAGCAGUUUGCAUGCUCAGAGGCAGGAACAUAGGUGCCUGGGACACUUUUUACAUUGCAAACGUAGGCACUGAGGGUUUGUCUACACUGCGAUAAAAAAACCUACGACACCGAGUCUCAGCUGACUCAGGCUAUGGGGCUAUAAAAUAACAGUGUAGACGUUUGGGCUGGAGGCCGGACUCUGAAACCCUCCCCCCUUGUGGGGUCUCAGAGCCUGGGCUCCAGCCCAACCCCAAACGUCUAUGCUGCUAUUUUCUAGCCUCACAGCCCAAGCCCUGUGAGCCUGGGCCAGCUGUGGCUGUGCCGGUCUUUUAUUGCAGCAGUGCAUCUUUAGGUGCCUACAGGGUUUGGUGGGAGUUUUGUGAUUCACAGGGAACCCAAAACUGGGACUUAGAUGCCCAAGUCUGGGGGUUAUGGGCCUUAGCACUUCUGUGGCUCCUACCCCUAGAGUCUGAUUUCUCAAAGACACUGAGCUCUGGCACAUUUCAUCGACUUCGGAGUCUGUUGUGCCCGCUCAUUCCCUCUAAACAUCAGGCCCUUACCCUUUCUCUACCAUACUCACCCCAUCUGUAAAACAGAGAUACUAAUUCUUACCUACUUCACAAGACUCUGUGAGGUUUAAAUAAUCCAUGUUUAUAAGGCGCUUUAAAAAGCUAUGGGUAAAAGGCAGUGUGCGAGAACAAAGCAGCAUUACUGUGCUGGAGACACAAGAUGGUGAUCCGAUUUCGCAUUCUUUCACACUCAUUCCGUCCCAGGGGUGACCACACUACAAAUAUAAGGUGGGUGGAGAGAUGCAUGGAGAAAUAGAGCUUAUACAGCUGAGAGAUGUAUUUCCAAUUUCCAAUGCAACCACAUCAGCUCAGUUUUACUUUAUAAACCGUUUCCCCUCCCCCCACGUUUAAAAUGUGUUUCAACCUCAAGGAAAAGCUCCAGUUUUUUUUUUCAAUCCUAUUAAUAAAAGUUGUACAACAGAAAUGGCAUGAUAUGGAAUUAGAUGAUCAUUCUUAAAAUUCACAGCAGAGGGCACUCUGGGAUCAGACAUAAUGAUACAAUAGGUCACUCCUAUUUAGAAACAGGAUUAUUAGUAAAGCCUGUGUUUUCAUAGACUCAUAGGACUGGAAGGGACCUCGAGAGGUCAUCUAGUCCCAUCCCCCGCAUUCAUGGCAGGACUAAGUAUUAUCUCUAAACCAUUCCUGACAGGUGUUUGUCCAACCUGCUCUUAAAAAUCUCCAAUGAUGGAAGAUUCCAUAACCUCCCUAGGCAAUUUAUUCCAGUAAUUUGGAUGCCAAAACAUCCUUAGUAUUACAUUUGAAAUACCGGAGAAGACGUUGAUGUUUAAGGAAGCAGACACACUGUUGGUGUAAUAUUGUUUGCCAUUCAUGUUGGGGGAAAAACAACUCACUUUUUAACUUCCUUCAUUUAUGAUUCAGGUAUAUUUUUAUUGUUCCUGUCUAUCGUAAAACAGAACAUAUGCUGAGUUUGGGGGCGACUUUCAAAGGCGGCCAGCUCCUAUCGACUUUCUGGACCUAACUGACACAUGUGCCUGUGAAAAUGCUAUGUGAUAAGUUCACAUAGCUUCCUGUGUUGUUGCUCUCGUGAAACAGUAAACGAAGGUUCAGAUGUUUAAAACAUCGGGUGCAUAAUUUGUACGUGGGGGUAACUACCUUCAUUCUGGUAAACAUUCCAUAUUACUUACACCAACCAAGCAUAAUUCUAACAAUCUGAGCAUAGAUUUCGACAAUCCAAGGGCUCCAAAGUAAGUGUUUAGCGAUGUUCUGCUCUUGAAAACAAAAAAAUAAUUUUAGUAGGAAGUGAAAUGGUUUCCUGGAAACCUUUCUCUGUUCACUCUGUUCCUUAAUACUUCAAGGUUUAAAAAUGCAGUUGUUGUAAAAUGACAGCUGACUGGGAAUGAUAGGCCCUACGUUAUAUAAGUGACAAUCAAUGGAGCUGAUAUAAAAGAGGUUGCUGCCGGCAUUUUGCUGAGUAGUUGCAUAUUCCAAGGGAGAAUAUACAGCUGGUGUCUCUGGAAGUCCUUUAUCCUUCCCUUCUUUUAUCUGCAUGGACUGUCAUUUAAUCUACAUCCAAGAUCCUAGAAACAUGCAGAGGAUUUGGAGCUUUUUCUGAACCAUUUGUGGUCUGAGGAAUGAUAGCCGGUGCAUUCACCUUUGGUAUCAGGAAAGACCAAACGGGGCUGCUGAAUCCACAGAAUUACCAGCACCUUUCGCAGUUUUUGCUUUAACUAUUCGAAAGAACAAAAAUUCUAGCUCAGUGUGGAUGAAGGGAGCAUGUUGCUUGUUUGAAAAUUGGGCAGUGAACCAUGCCAUGAUGCUUAUCAAUACAUAGAUAUCCAUGAAAAAGAGCAUCUCGAGGGGUAGAAAUCACUAGAAAGAAAGUGUGUUCUAGCAGCUAGUGAAGGGGCUGGAGUCUAGUUUCCUGGUUGCUGUUCUUAGUUCUGCCACUGUUUUAUUACAUGAUGUCAAACAUCUGUUCUUGGGUCUGAUUUACAAACAUCAAUGUGAUUCUGUAUAAAAAUAUACAAAUGCAUUGUGCGCGUGGUACAGCUGUGUACAUAAACUGGUUACCUGGGCAAAUGGCAAGGUAUAUCUCUAACUGGCCAUUUAUACAUGCAAAUACCUGAUUUGCUAGUGCAACUAUGGUAUCAAUGUGCAAAUU